AUGUUUGUAACGUUUCCAACUGUAAGCAAAAAUGGGGGGAGGUCAGUCGCACCCUAGUGUAACAGAAGAUCUCUUGGAAGAUUACACGACCCUUACGUAUUUAAGCAAAGGCGAAAUAUUAUAUUUGAUGAAGAAAUUCAAAUCAAUCGAUCCUGAUAAAGUGCUUGCGGACUAUCAACACAGGUUUAGCCGGGAUAAAAUCAUCCAAAAGUUUGAUGUUCUACGGAAUAACCCAUUCCAAGACCGAAUCUUUCGGGUGUUCUCUUCAAAGAGGGACGACUCCUUUUCGUUUGAGGACCUGUUGGACUUAUGUUCGGCCAUGAGCGCUGAUUGUCCACCCGACGUCAGAGCGACUUGGGCGUUUAGGAUAUAUGAUCUUGACGAGGACAAUCAAAUAACUGAACGAGACAUUUGUGAGAUCAUAGAUAGACUGCUGGAUACAAAAAAGAAUGACCAAAAUAAACUCGAUGACGAAAGUAAAAAGAAGAUAAGUAAAAAUAUCCUAGAUGAAAUAAAAUUGGACCACAGCGACGGCAUUAGCCUCGGCGAGUUCAAAUACAUUUUGGCGCGUUUCCCUGAAUUUGAAACUUCGUUUUACUUUAGAAUGUAGACCGUGACCGAAACAGCGAUGAGGACUGAGCAGUGAUUAAUAAAUUAAAAAGAAAGAGGUAUUCCUUGAAGCGCAUAAAAACUGGCGAAGCAUUGUGUAUUUGGUCGAUAUACCUACAUUAUGCAGAGCAGUGACAACAUGCGUUUGUUGUACCUAGAGAUUUUAUACUAUUUAUAUUUUAUACAGUUUAUUUCAACUUAAUCGUUAC